GGAACGUUUCGCGUUUCCUGAACCGGGUCACGCACGGCGGCUCAGAUAUCCCAGAGUUCCUGGCGAGAGUUCUUUCUUUUUCCGGCCGGCCAUUUUCUCUCCCGGGAGGUGAGUUCUCGUGCUGGGGGAGGCCUGGUUGGCUAUCCGCCUUCAUCCGUCGCCUGCGCGGGGAUGGGGGACUCCGGGGGCGGACUCCGGGGUUCUAGAGGGUCUUGUGGACGUUACGGAAAGGUUAUGGGGUCCCGGUGGGGAGACUGAUGGGCUCUUGCCUGGUUGUUAGAAGCGAUCCUUUGCGCUCCAUGGAGCUUCUGGAUCUGCCUCGUUAUUUAGAAAGCCCAGCCAGAGCUCAGAAGUGGAGCACACAGGCUUUGCACGCAGGCGGGCCCAAGCUCAGCCUCUGGCGCCUCGGUUAGGACGGCUAGCGGCCCUCGAGGAGAGCAUCCAGUGUUGGGUAAGUGAAGCCAGCGUCCCAGGGGCAUCCGUAGCGCAUUCAUAUAUCGUGGUACCAGGUUCUGUCUCUGGCCAAAAAUUAUUGCACCAAUCAAUAGGAUUUGUAGCCCGGUUAGUCAAGCCACAGCUACAGUAUUUCGGAGUGAUAUUGGCUAGUGAAGAACGACCUACUACAACUCAUUAACUGUAGUAGUUUUGGCUAAAAUGUAAUGUCCUGAAGAAGUGCAGGGUAUUUGUGUUGCUGGGUGUUUUCGUGUUCAUUGAGGAUUUUAUUGUUGACUGCAGAAAUGGUUUCCCCUUUAUGGGAUUUAGUCAAGUGUCGCUCCCUCAGCCUGUAAAGCGAGAAGAGCGCCGCAGUCUGCGACUGGACUUAACUUUCAGGGGUCCUUUACCUUUACCAUUGUAUCCCUGAAUGCUAACGAGCUUUUGAACGUUUUAAACAAGCAGUUUUAAAGCCACCAGCUUUUUCUUAUUCAUAGUGAAAUAAACCAUUUUUCUUCAGCUUAACAGCAGGGUUUGAGUCAGCAUGAGGUAGGUUCCUGUGUGGGGAUGGAGUCUAGUUUAGUGGGUGUAACACAGACUUUGCCUGCAGAAGGCCACUGGUUUAAGCUCUUGGAUAGCAGGACAAGGAAGACUUUGAAGAGCCCCAGCCAGCCAGAUCAGUCAGUACAGUAUUGGGCUCAGUGGAGCAAUGUGCAAAAUCUGAAUGAAGGCAGCCUUGUAAGUUUGGCUGGGAUGACCCCAUAUUUUACCAUUCUGAUAGGGCAUUGGCAAGAGGCUCCAAGUUAGAUCUUUAGUAUCAUUAAAAAAAAUGAAGUCUGUUUAUCCUUCAUACAAUGUGACAAGUCAGUCACAUUCAGAAUGAGACAUUACUUUUAAUAGGCAGUAUGGGGUUGAGGGAUAAGACAAGAGUGAGGGGAGGAAAGGGGAGAAAAAAGAUAUUUAGUAUCUUGAAUACCUUGCUAGAGAAGACUCAGUACUAGUCUGAACCAAUAGCCUGAUCCUAUACAGCAGUUUCAUAUGUAAGGGAGGGCCCCAUAGUUCAGCAGGAGUACAUGUAGAAGGUUCAUUCUCUGGGAUCUCCUGUUGAAGGGUUUUGAACCUUGAAGGGCUGCUGCCAAUCACUGUAGCCAGGACCAGCCAAAAUUAAGCAAGUAGGUAGCUCCUUAUGUUAUUGUAAGGUCUCUUGCAGAAGAGAUGCUGCAGUGAUGCAUGUUUGAUAUUGUUAAACAGAGUGUGGGAUAUUUGAUGAAUGGAUCAAAGCUCUUCCUAAUGUUACUAGUAAAAGGUUUCUUGCAUCAUAACUGCAUUCUGCCUGCAAGUUUCCAACCUUUGGCACAAUUAGGAAUCCAAAUGCUAGGUUUCCAUUGGGCUUAGAAGGGCAUGACAUUAUGUGUCUCCAGUAUACUUCACAGAACUGUUGCAAGGAUAAAUAAUAUUUUGUAUGCUGAAAAGAGAUGUUAAAAUGGAAAUCACAAGGAGUCUAAUCCAUACUGUUUGUAUUUUCAGGGACAUAAGGAGCCAUGGCGCCCAGCCGGAAUGGCAUGAUCUUGAAUCCCCAUUUUCACAAAGACUGGCAAAGACGAGUGGCCACAUGGUUUAAUCAGCCUGCUAGGAAGAUCCGCAGGUGAGGUCUGCUGAGCCCCUUGCAUUUUGUGUUCUUUGUGUCCGGUGCUCGGCUAACAUACAGCUGUCUGGAUAAUGCAAAAGGCAAGCAAGUGUGAGCCUUGCCAUUUUUGGCUUUCUGCAAGACACUUGUUCAGUUCUUCAGCCAGAUGAUGAAAAUUCUCCGGAAUCGCUGUACCACAUUGAUGACCCUUUGAACCCAUAUAAGCUGAUGGCUGUAGCGUUUUUUAUUUCUAUCUACUCAGUUAAAGGAUUGAAAACAGAACUGUCUAUAUCUUAAUGCCUUUAUCUAAAUCUCUGGUGUUACCGCAGUUUAAAUACUGUCUGUAGUUCUGAUUUCCACAUCUCAAAAAUGAUAUUGUUCAGCUGGAAAAGGUGCAGAGAAGGGCAACCAAAAUGAUUAAGGGGUUGGAGCAACUCCUAUAAGGAAAAGUUAGAUUUGCAACUCGUAGUUUGUGGUGGGAGCGAAGGUGAGUAAGGAGGGACAUAAGAGGCAUAAAAUUAUGCAUGAUUUGGAAAAAAGAAGUCAUUUUUUCCCCUCACAUAAUACUAGAAUUCCAGGUCUUCCAGUAAAGCAUACAAAAGGAGCAUAGCUUCACACAUCACAUUGCUCAAACUAUGGAAUUCAUUUGCACAAGAGUGGUGCUAGGAUUUGAUAAAUUCAUGGAAGAUAAGGCUAUCAGUGGCUCCUAGUGAUGGCUAGUUCUGCCUCCACUGUCAGAGGCAGUAUGCUUCUGAAUAGCAGGUGCUAGGAAUUACAUGGAGCAAUUGCACUGGGGACCUGCUUGCAGGCUUCCUUUAGGCGUCUGAUUGGCCACGUUGCUGGACUAAGUGGGUCUUUGGUCUGAUCCAGCAGGACUUCCUUUGUUCUUAUGCUUGCCUUAUGCCUCCUUCCCUUGCAACCAAUCCCAAGUUUAUCUGUAAGGGGAGCUCAGUAAGGGUUAUAUUUGGAGAGACAACAGGUUUAACAUAACCCUUUUGUACUUCUUUCUGCACCCAGGAGGAAGACCCGUCAGGCAAAGGCCCGUCGUAUUGCUCCACGUCCGGUAUCUGGACCAAUCAGGCCAAUUGUGAGGUGCCCCACUGUACGAUACCACACAAAAGUCCGUGCUGGUAGAGGAUUCAGCUUGGAGGAGCUGAGAGUAAGUAAAAAAGCAUAGGUGUCUCUUAACACAUGAGUGCCUGCCUCUGAAAUACAGGUUGUUUUGGCUUGUGGUAUAUGGUAUAUGAGCUAAGAUAUAUCGGAAUCUGAUGUGUUUUGUACAGUGGUUGGUGGGGCUUCCAUAUAACCAAAUAACUUCAUUGAAUCAGAAUUCUUGGAGGAUUAGUUUUUGUAUUUAUAGUGGAAGUUCUUGAAUUAAACAGAUGGAGAGUUUUAUAGCGAUAGUAUAGCUAAUCCCUUUUCCUUCAGAGUGGGUUAUACGAGGAACUUUAGGCAGUUAAAAAUUGAAACCCACACUCUUCUGUUGUCUGUUUCUAAUUGCUUAAAGGACAAGAGUUUAGCCUUACACAUUUUUAUUCAGUAUUUUGGUGGAGAUUUCUUUUUAGGUACUGGAGAAAAAUUGUUUGGCCAGGUACAUUAGCAUCCUACCAGAAGGUCUCUCUUUGUUGCCCUUGCAAGCCACAUGCCGUUUCUUUGAGAGCCUUUCAAUCAGAUGAUGGCUCUGUCCCUGGAAUCUCAGUACCGUGAUUACUUACGUCUUGAAACUUUCCUUCUCUUUGUAAAAAAAAUAAUUAUUAAAGAGUUUCAAAACAAAUAUUUUGUUAAUACAUUAACAGGAAAACAAUUUUUGAAAACAUUGCUAUACUAUUAUAUAAAGUAUCGAUAUUGUUAAGUAGACAAGUAAGAAGUUUUCCAGCUGAUGACUGUUCUGCCUCCAUAGCAGGUACAGGGCUGGCAAUGUACAAGUUGAUUUUACUUGUGGCUUAGGUUAAUAUGCUUUCCCUAGAUGGCUGGCAUCAACAAGAAGUUUGCCCAGACAAUUGGUAUCUCAGUGGACCCCAGGCGCCGGAACAGGUCAACAGAAGCCCUGCAGGCAAAUGUGCAGCGGCUGAAGGAAUACCGCUCUAAGAUCAUUCUCUUUCCCCGGAAACCUUCUGCCCCUAAGAAGGGCGACAGUGCAGUAAGUAUAUAGGGGAGAAUUUCAGGGGAAGUAGGUGUUGCAGGAGAAGGGAGCUUUAUUUCUAAUAAGUCUGGUGGGGCGAAAGCUGUGCUGCAAAGCACACUAUAAAACUCCCAAGGACACAACUUCCAAGGAGUACUUGAUUAUGACUGGGGCACAAAAAAGCCAGUAUAAGAGGCAGAAACACUACCUACUUUCCAUUGCUGGUGGUCAUAUGCUACUUCAGCCACAACAUCACAAGUCUGUUCCAAUACAGCCACCCAAAGACAAGGCCACCCCCAUCCCCUCACCACCAAGGAAAUGUAACAAGCAAAUAGAUAGAUAACCCCCACAUGUGACGCUGACACAAAACCACUAAGUAGAAGCAUUACCACCCCCCUCACCACCCUCCCCCUCUUUUCUUCCCAACCCAAUACUGCAUGCAACACUAAUGUCUCACAACAAAUGAAACUGAUCUGUAGAAAACGCAACUUGAAAAAAGAGAGGAUGCACAUAUAUUUGUAAACUAAGAAAUCUUUAAUAAAAAUUAUUUUUUUAAAAAGUUUGUUCCAGGGCCCUCUUCCUUAGUUGCUAUGAUUCUCAAAGUGUGUACAUAUGUCUUUAAAGACCUUGCAGUUACCUGUAUUGGAGAGAGAGCAGCAGUGUUGAGGAAAAGUGAGAUGACAGCAAUAUAAGGCUAAACUGGAAAUUUUGGUAUUCUUCGUCUUCAACUCUGCCUAACCUUGCCCCUACAGUAAGAUUUUUAGAGGCUCCCUCAGCACUUGUAUGACAUAAUCCAAGCUACGUUUUUUUUUCUUGCUGUCCAAAAAAGGGAGGUGGAAUAAAUAGUUAAGUUAAUUCCUGAACAUUUUCUUCUCACCACAGGCUGAAGAGCUCAAGAUGGCCACACAGCUCUCUGGACCAGUUAUGCCCAUCAAAAAUGUAAGUGACUUCCAUAGAUCUUUCCUCUGAAAUUUAUAGACUUUAUAUCGGGAAAUUUCCUGCUUCCAACUUCAGUGAAAUGGUCUCUUGGGAGCAGCUGUGUUUCUUGGGUGUCAAAUGAUGUUCUGUGACUUAACAAAAAGGAGCAGCUUCAAUGUUGAGUUGGCUACUACUCAUUCACUCAAGCACAGUUAUGUCCUUGGAAUCUUGCAAAACACAAGUUUGCAAUCAAUAUUGAAGGUUUUUGGUUGGUUUUUCGAGUAAGUUUUACAUGAAAUCUGAACAAGUGAAUGGUGGUAGUUGUGAUGCUACUGAAUUUCUAACAGAAAUUGAAUAUUAAGCAGUCAAGUAGGUGGUUAGCCUUGUGGAGUCCUGCUGGGGAUCGUUCUCUUCUAAAGGCCUUACUUCUCACAGUGCCUCUGGGAAGCCCAGCAGCAGCAGGACUUAAAGAAAACAGUCCUCUCUGCUCUUGCUUGUCCUCCAGCAAGAGGUACUCAGUGCUGAAUUUCUAGAUAUGGGCGUUCAAUUUAUUUAUUUUUGUUUUAUUUUAUAGAAAUAAGGUGACUGCCCUGGAAAUCCAGUAUAUUGAGGGGCAGUAUGUAAAUGUAAAAUAAACUAGUAUACAACUAUAGCUAGAAGCCAUUGACUGUCUCCUACUACAUGAAUUUGUCUCAUCUCCUUUGAAAGCCACCUAAGCCAGUGGCUGUUGUCACACCUUGUGGCAGUGGGUUCCACAAGUUAAUUAGUCAUUGAGUAGAAAAGGACUUCUCCUUGUCUAUUCCUCUUGUCUAUCUUGAACCUACAGCCAGUCAGUUUAAUUGGGUGACCUAUGAGCUCUAGAAUUAUGAAAGAGGGAAGCUAUCUACUUUGCUGCUCCCCACCCCUCGAAAAGCCCCAAAUAUUUUAGCCUUCCCUCAUAAGAGAAGAUGCUCCAACCUGUUGGUCAUUUUGGUUGCCUUUCCUGACUCUUACUUCCUUUUUGAGACUGACUGGCCAUAACUGUUCCUCUUAUUCCAAAAGUGGAUAUCCUCUAUGUUUAUAUCCAAGGCCUUAUGCUGCUGACCACCUUCAUUUUUAGUCCCUCUAACUGAUCACUAGAUUCUGCUAGUGAUGCAGAAAAUAUUUUCUGCAUCAUUUAGGCAAUGAAUUUUUCCUGUGCCUGGACUAGCCAUGAGGGUUCCAACUCCACUGUCAAUAUGUCUCUGAACUCCAGUUGCUCAGAAUCACAAGUGAGGGAGGGUGCUGUUGUGCUUAGGUUCUCUUUGUAGGCUUCACAUUAGGGCAUCCAGUUGGCCGCUGUGAGAACAAGACGCAUGACUAAAUGGGACAUUGGCCUGAUCCAGCGGGCUCUUCUGGUGUUCUGAGUGCUGCUGCAGAAAGGGGCGGAGUCUGCAUAUACAUAUUACAUAUGUUGAGCACAUUUUGUCGCGAAAAGAAUUCUGGGCACUGCAAUUUGUUGAGGGUUGCUAGGAAUUGUAACUCUGGGGUAUAAACUCUGCUGCCCAGAAUUCUUUGAAGGAAUGAAUAUGAUUUGGGUGUUCUUUAAAGGUAAACUGUAUAUACAGCCUGUGACUUAAAAGUGUUAGACUGAGCCAUAGUGUGGGUGAAUAUUGAAUGAGAAAUGGGAAGAAAGCAGCAGCUUUUUGGUGUGUGCCCUGAUUGUCUGAUUCUUUCCUUAGGUCUACAAAAAAGAGAAAGCCCGGGUUAUAUCGGAGGAAGAGAAGAAUUUCAAGGCUUUUGCCAGCCUGCGCAUGGCCCGGGCAAAUGCACGGCUCUUUGGCAUCCGAGCUAAGCGAGCCAAGGAAGCAGCAGAGCAGGAUGUGGAAAAGAAGAAAUAAACUCUUUGUUCGGAGCACCUCAAUAAAGGAUAGAUUUGGAACUAU